AUGGAUCCCAAGAAGGCCGGCAGCGAGGGCGAAAAGCCGCUUCCGCCAGUGGUCAAGACCGUAUCCGGGAAGGGAAACCAAAGCCCCCAUGAUGGCUUAGGGUCAGAUAUCGUCAAUGGCCAUCUCAUCGAGCUUGAGGUUGACUUGUCUCGGGUCAUCGGCGAGGACGAUGUCGAAGGCGACUGGGAUGCUGAUACGAGUCCCUUCCCAGCCGUCCGUGCUGUCGUCCCCGAGACAGAUGACCCUUCAAUGCCCGUCAAUACAUUGAGGGCUUGGUUUCUCGGCAUCGUCUUCGUUUUCCUCGGCGCUGGCGUCAACCAGUUCUUUGGUCUGCGCUAUCCAGGCGUCCAUAUUGUGUCGCUGGUCGCAGAAUUGAUUGCAUACCCAAUGGGAGUCUUCCUCGCCCGCCUGCUGCCUAUUAGUCGCUUGAACCCGGACAGACACUUCAACAUCAAGGAGCAUGCCCUUGUCACUAUCAUGUCCAAUGUGUCUUUCGGCUUUGGAUCAGCCGAUGCCACUAAUAUCAUACAGGCCGCUAAACUAUACGGGUUUUCAUUGCAGACUGGCUUCAGUGUACUUGUUGUGCUGUGCUGUCAGCUGCUGGGCUACGGCGUUGCGGGAUUGAGUGCCAGGUGGCUGGUUGAGCCGGCGAGCAUGAUCUGGCCGGGUGUGCUGAGUAACGUGGCUUUACUGACCUCGCUGCACUCGAGAGCCAACGCAAUAGCCGACGGCUGGAAGAUGUCACGUAUUCGGUUCUUUCUAGUCGUAGGAGGCUGUCUCUCUUACUUUACCUUUAUCUGCUGGGCAGCCCCCAAAAACGUCGUUGUCAAUCAGGUCUUUGGAAUGGUCACAGGAAUGGGCCUCUUCCCUUUGACACUAGAUUGGUCCAUGGUCGCCUACAACACCAAUCCUUUGCUGAGCCCCCACUGGGCUGCAGCAAAUGUCUUCUUCGGCUUCGCCCUGUUCUUUUGGAUCAUCACCCCAGCGCUUUACUACACAAACACGUGGUUCACCGCGCACCUGCCUUUCUGCACCGCAGAUGUCUACGAUCGCUUCGGACAGGUAUAUGACUCCUCGAAGGUGAUCACUGGCCAACUUUUCGACGAGACUAAGUACAGGGACUACUCACCUCCUUAUCUCCCAGCUACAUUUGCCUUUGUGUACGGACUGUCUUUUGCUUCCAUCACGUCGGUCCUGUCACACGUUUACUUCUUCCACUGGGAUGAGAUCAUACACGCCCUGCGGGGUUCAACAAAGCUUGAUAUUCACUCAAGGAUGAUGAAGGCAUACAAGAGAGUCCCAUUCUGGUGGUUUCUUUCCAUUAUUGUCAUUGUCCUCGCUAUGUCUAUUGCCAUGACCGAGGUCUACCAUACUGGUCUUCCUGUUUAUGGUAUUUUUCUCGCCUUCGUCAUACCAGUGGUCUACAUGAUACCAUGUGGAAUGAUCCAAGGUGUGACAAACGUGGAUGCCAAUCAGGUCAAUGUCUUGUCAGAGUUCAUUGGUGGCUACCUGUUCCAAGGAAAGCCGAUAGCCAACAUCUUGUUCAAGAUACUCUCCACAGACGUUGUCGGCCAGGGCCUUUACUUCGCAUCAGACAUGAAACUUGCUCAUUACCUCAAAAUCCCCCUGCGGACACUGUUUUUUGCACAGGGAAUCGCCACCAUUCUGGGUGCAUUGACCCAAGUCGGUGUUACCUUGUGGAUGUUGGGAAAUGUCGAGGGUAUCUGCACUUCAGACCAGCCCAACGGCUUUACUUGCCCUAACGGCCUUACGGUCUACUCAUCGUCAAUAAUCUGGGGGCUCAUCGGACCAGGCCGCCUAUACUCUGUCGGCAAAAUUUAUAGUGGUCUAUUACAUUUCUUCUGGAUUGGCCUCGUUUUGCCCCCAAUCACAUAUUACAUUUUUAAGAAGACGAAAUCUGAGUUUGUCCGCAAGAUCAAUUGGCCGCUGAUCUUUGUAGGAACAUAUAAUGUGCCACCGGCAACGGGGGUGAAUUUCAGCUCAUGGUACCUUGUGAACCUUAUCUUCAACAAGAUCCUGUUUACCCGCUUCAGGGCUUGGUGGACCAAAUACAAUUAUGUUCUUGCCGCUGCGUUAGACACAGGGCUCGCGAUCUCGGGAAUCGUUAUAUUCUUCGCUAUAACAUACGGACCAAACCUCCAAUUUCCUGACUGGUGGGGCAACACUGUCUGGCAGAAUACGGCGGAUGGUCUCGGCACACCGUGGCUUCAAAUGCCAUCAAUUGGGUACUUUGGCGGUGCGAAUGGUACCUGGGUGUGA